GUGCCGCUAUGCGUCGCACGAGUUGACAGUGCGCCCUCAAAUGCGCUUUCGCAAAUCGCAACACGUCGUCCAACGUUGUGGUAAAACGUCGUUAUCUCUGUUGCUUUGUGCACGGUAGUUCCGUACGUCGAUCCACAUUGACGCAAGGAAAAUGGCAGAUCCUAUACUUCAUGUUAACAGACAAGAGGGAGGGUGGAUGCAACAUCGAGAUCGCUCAGUGAUCGAGCUCUCUCCCAGAGAAGUUAGGCAUAGAGAAUGGUUACAAGAAAUGGCACAAAGAGUGAUUACAGAUGAUAACCCUGAAACACGCUUAAAACGCUUUUUGUACAUUGGAAAAGAAUAUAGCAAUUAUCAGCCUGGAUAUUGGUUUACUCAUAAUUAUUUUUUAGUCAGGAAUGUUCCAUCCAUAGAGGAACUUGCUGAAAAUGAAGAGAAACAAUUGGCACCAAUUGAAAUUAUCAAAACAGCAUUUGAGAGCAAUUUAGUUCCACAUAGAGAGACUUUGGUGUUUGCUCUUGCUGUUUGCUGCAGGCAAACCAAAAGUGAGAAAUUACGUCAUGCAGCAUACGAAAGUAUAAAACAGAUUUGUGCAUCCCUCCAGAACUUCAUUCUGUUUAUUAGAUUUGCUUCCAAACUGAACAGAGAGAAAGAGAUUAAUUAUAUUACGCAAGGGUGGGGUCAUGGCUUAAGAAAGGCUGUUAACAAUUGGUAUCUCUCACACGAGCCAUUGGACUUGGCUAAAUGCGUCACAAGAUGUAGAAGCAAAUAUGGUUGGAAACAUAAAGACAUUAUCAAGUUGUCUCAUCCUGUACCCAAUAGUCCGGAACAGACAGUACUACUGAAAUAUAUAAUACUCGGCAUUGAAAAGACUAGAACGUUUACGGAACAACUCUUAAGCGAGCUUAAGGAUCAAUUAGAGAAUGAUAGUGGAAAACUCGAGAUAAUCUCUAAUGUGAAUGAAAUUAUGAAAUAUAUACAAAACGUCGAAGAUUUCAAACAUUGUGAAGAUGAAGUUCGAGCUGCUUCUUUGCUGGAAGAAUACAAUUUAACAUUGGAUCAUGUGCCUGGACAUUUAUUAAAGUCCAAGGAGGUGUGGAAUUCAUUGAUAUUGUCAAUGGAUAUUCCCACUCUUCUGGAUAAUCUGCAAAGAAUUCAUAAUCUCAAGAUAUUUCAAUCAGAUGUAUUAGAUGCGCCAGCAGUCGAAAGAGUAAUGGGUCUUCUUAAUAAUGCGGAACUCAUAGCGCAAAGUAAGCUUCACCCGGUGUCGUUUUUCAUUGCUAUGAAAAAUUAUAAAAAUAAAGGAAAGCCUAUGUCUCACGAAAAGCGAAAAGUUGUGGUAACCGCAAAGAAAUUUGUACCAAUGCCACCUGAGCCAAAUUUAAAUAUAAUCGAUGCUUUAGACAAAGCGUUUGAGAUCUCAUUUGCUAAUAUAGAACCUACAAAAUUACGCUAUUUGGUAACAAUCAGCACAAACAAAGCAAUGAAUGAACACGCUUGGCCCGUUCAAAGCGGUAACGUGCUCGGUGUCGAAGCAGGUUGUUUCAUCGCAUACAUGCUAUUACGCUCCGAGCAGGAUGUCACAGUGGCGACAUUCAAGAAGAUUGGAAUUUAUACAUCAGACAUUGACGGUUCGAUUCCGUUCGAUGUGUUUGUGGAGAAAAUACGAGAAUUACCUUCCGGAAAUACUCGUCUGAGUAAACCGAUAUUAUGGGCUCUGAGACAGAGAAAAGUGUAUGAUGUCUUCAUAAACGUCGUGGAUCAAGUAAACGAAAAAUACGACGAUUCACAGGAAGCCCUAUUAGACUAUAGACAACAAAUGGAACGUUCGAACACGAAGCUGAUCAACUGUGCCGUAUGCUCUUCUUCAACGUAUCGUAAAGAAAAGUGCGACAAAAAUGUUCUGACGAUUAAUGGUUUUGAUAUUACUAUUCCGACUGUCAUCCAGGCGUUUGUGCUGUCUCUAUUUUAAAUAGAGACUCUAUAUACAAGAUAAAUUUUUGUUGUUAAGGGGUAUUGCUUCACGGAUGACUUUAAGUAAAACCUUGUACUUUUUACAGAAAAAAUAGAAGUCUCAAAAACAUCUGUUUACGAGCGCUCACAAUUGGUAAAUCAAGAAAAAUAUCGAUUUGCUUAUUUUUUUUAACACACUUUGAAAUAAAGAAAAAGAAGCAACGUAACAGGUUAGAGAUGAGUAACAAGAUUACAUAUUAUCUGUCAAAAUUAAAUUCGAAUAACGAGAAUGUUAUUCGAAUUUAAGUUAAUGACGAAAAAGACGUGAGUGAAAAUAAAAAAUUGCAGAUACAGCAUUCGCAAAUAACUUAAAGAAAAAACUGCCGAAUUAUUUAAUUCAAAUUGUCUUUUUAUUUUAUUAGUUUCAAAGGUCAUUUAGACACCCAUGACUGAAUCAAAAUGUUUAAUUUCGCUACUGUUUUUAUUAAUUUUAAGACCUAUGAGAGGGACUGUACAUUUAGAACAUAUUGCAGAUAAGUAAACAAUGUGCAAAUUGAAGACAUAAAUACGAGUGACGACGUGCAGUAUAAUAUUGGCACAUCAAUGAUUAUAAUAUUCACUACAUAUUCUUAAUAUUAGGAAAGAGCUGUGUAGCUUCUUUAUUUUUAUUAAGCAGCAUCUAACAAAAAUCAGAAAUAUUAUAAAUUUUUUAUUUUAAUUUCCUUUUGGAGCGAUAUUAUCUUACACUAACACAGUGUGUAUCUGUUUGGCAACUUUAGAACACUAUCGUAUUGAUCCAACCGUAUAAGCAAUAUAUAGAGAUUAGUUAACACGGACCAUGUAUUUUACGCAGUUACAUGUAAAAUCUUGAUUAAUUAAUUUUUUCCAUGACAAAAUCUGUUAGAUUUAAAUACAUUUGCGCGGUUGAUGGUGUAUGAGCUUUUAAUAUUGUAUCAUUUACAUUUCUUACAUUUCUUCAUCUUACUAUAUUUCUCUAGCUACGCACACAUUACUUGCUAUAAGCAUUGGUUAACUUUUCUGUUUUUUCCUAUAUGUUUGAAAUCUAUCGUUUUUAAUAUUUAUAAAAUACCUAAUAAAAUUAAAAACAAAAAUAUUCAAGGUUUUAUAUGCAAAAGCGUAAUAAUAAUCUUAUUUCGACAACUCGAUAAGGAGUACAAUUCUUAAUAGAACUUUAUGUUUUAAUAGUAUAUUUAUCUGAGAUACACUCUCUACGCAGUAAAAAUUUAGGAUAAGGCUGCAUAGUCGAUAUAAAGCGCGUAUUUCAAGUAACAUACGGUGCAUUUUUUAAUUACUAUAUGUCAUAAAAAGAAACUAUCUUAAUAUAAUAUUAUAUUGCUUGCUUGUUUCCACUGGUUGGUGGCGAUGCUUCUUCGUAAUAACGCAUAUAGAAUAUGACCUUUAAAAAAAACAAAAAAACAAAAAAA